AUGGCACCAACGACCGAGACAAAAUGCCAGUACCGGCAGCUGGGGCGGAGCGGGCUGCGGGUCUCGGUCCCGAUCCUGGGCUGCCUGGGUUUUGGCGAUCCCGGCUUCCUGCCCUGGGCACUGCCAGAAGACAAGGCCCUGCCGCUCCUCAAGGCCGCCUUUGACCGGGGCAUCAACACCUGGGACACGGCCAACAACUACUCCAAUGGCAUGUCCGAGGAGCUCGUCGGCAAGGCGCUCAAGACGUACGGCAUCCAGAGACACCGCGUCGUCAUCAUGACAAAGUGCUUCAUGCACGUCGACGAGGAGCGCGGCGGCCCCGUUGUCCGGGAACGCCUGGCGGCCGCGGAGGCCGCCUUGGAGUACCAAAACCAGGCUGGGCUCUCGCGCGCCGCCAUUUUCAACCAGGUGGACGCUUCGCUGCGCCGCCUCGACACGUCCUAUAUCGACCUGCUGCAGAUCCACCGGUACGAUCCCGCGGUGGCGCCCGAGGAGACGAUGCGGGCGCUGGAGGACCUCGUGCGCGGCGGCAAAGUUCGCUACAUCGGCGCCAGCAGCAUGUGGGCGACGCAGUUUGCUCGCCUGCAGGCAGUGGCCGACAAGCACGGCUGGACCAGGUUUGUGAGCAUGCAGAACUUUUACAACCUGCUCUACCGCGAGGAGGAGCGCGAGAUGAACCGGUUCUGUCGCGAAACCGGCGUCGCCAUCAUCCCCUGGUCUCCGCUCGAUGGAGGCCGCCUGGCCAGGCUUCCGGCCGCGACCGAGGCAGAAGACACGGCGAGGACAAAGACCAACCGCGCCAGCGUUUCGUGGGGCCGCCCCAAGGGCGACAACGACGACAGGAUCCUGGAGCGGGUGCACGAGAUCGCGCAGCGUCACGGGUGCAGCAUGGCGGAAGUCGCGCUGGCCUGGCUGCUUAACGGGCGCGCCACUAGCCCCAUCGUCGGGGCGACCAAAAUAAAGCACGUCGACGAGGCCAUCCUCGCCGUGGGAAUCGUGCUGGACGAGACGGAGGAGAAGUACCUGCAGGCGCUCUACAAGCCCAUCAAUGUGUACGGGCACAUGUGA